GGGGAGGAGAUCGAUGCUGGGGAGGAGGAGGGUUGAUGAAAUAACCAGUGUGGGCUCGGUGCGGCUCCGAUGUAGACGGGCUUUUCCCGUGCAGGGGAAUUGCCAAUCAAAGCCAGCUCGGCGACGAGAAGAGAGACUGCCCCGCUACAGAGAGAGAGAGAGAAGGGAAAUCAGCAUGGCCACGAUAACGUCCACUCGGUUCAGCGAGGAAUAUCAGAUGUACGAGGAGCUGGGAAAAGGAGCCUUCUCGAUUGUCAAGCGCUGUGUGAAGACUUUGACAGGACAGGAAUAUGCGGCGAAGAUUAUCAACACCAAGAAGCUGUCAGCUCGGGAUCACCAGAAGCUGGAGAGAGAAGCUCGGAUAUGCCGUUCCCUCAAGCACCCUAAUAUCGUGAGACUACAUGACAGUAUAUCUGAAGAGGGACAUCACUACCUGAUAUUUGAUUUAAUAACAGGAGGAGAGCUCUUUGAAGACAUUGUGGCUCGGGAAUACUACAGCGAGGCUGAUGCCAGUCACUGUAUCCAGCAGAUCCUCGAGGCGGUCCUUCACUGUCAUCAGAUGGGCAUUGUGCAUCGAGAUCUCAAGCCGGAAAACUUGCUGCUGGCAUCCAAGAACAAAGGGGCUGCCGUGAAGCUGGCUGACUUUGGCCUUGCCAUAGAAGUUGAAGGGGAGCAACAGGCUUGGUUUGGUUUUGCCGGCACUCCAGGGUAUCUCUCUCCCGAGGUCUUGAGAAAGGAUCCCUAUGCUAAACCUGUGGACCUGUGGGCUUGUGGUGUCAUUCUCUACAUCCUCCUGGUUGGUUACCCUCCAUUCUGGGAUGAGGACCAGCACAGACUCUACCAGCAGAUCAAAGCUGGGGCCUACGAUUUCCCGUCUCCAGAGUGGGACACUGUGACACCUGAGGCCAAAGAUCUCAUCAACAAGAUGUUGACGAUUAACCCUGCCAAACGCAUCACUGCAGCGGAGGCCCUUAAACAUCCCUGGAUCUCGCACCGGGCCACAGUGGCCUCUUGCAUGCACCGGCAAGAGACGGUCGACUGCUUAAAGAAGUUCAACGCUCGGAGGAAGCUGAAGGGUGCGAUACUCACUACUAUGCUAGCUACACGCAACUUCUCAGGCGGGAAGAAUUCAGGAAACAGGAAAGCUGAUGGAGUGAAGGAGUCCUUGGAGAGUACCAACACUACGAUCGAAGAUGAGGAUACCAGAGUCCGCAAACAGGAGAUCAUCAAAGCCACCGAGCAGCUGAUCGAAGCAAUCAGCAACGGAGAUUUCGAGGCUUACACAAAAAUGUGUGACCCUGGGGUGACUGCGUUUGAACCCGAGGCACUGGGAAACUUGGUGGAGGGACUCGAUUUUCAUAGAUUCUACUUCGAGAAUCUCUGGUGCAAGAACAACAAACCAAUCCACACCACCAUCUUGAACCCCCACAUCCACCUGAUCGGGGAGGAGGCCGCUUGCAUCGCCUACAUCCGCAUCACCCAGUACAUCGACGGCAACGGCAUCCCGCGUACUGCACAGUCCGAGGAGACCCGGAUCUGGCACCGCCGCGACGGCAAAUGGCAGAUUGUCCAUUUCCAUCGAUCUGGAGCUUCGUCCGCUCUGGCUUACUGAAAUCUCGCCACCCCGUCUCAUGCUGCUAUCCGUGACUGACCUGCACGCCAGUACGAUAUCUCCCUGUCACCUCCCCGCUGGACUCUUGCUUCCCCUGGGGGAGAGGUGGAUUGCUUGGUGGAAUCACAGCUGAGUGGGACGAGUCCCCUCUCUCGCAACCCCGCGUUUAGCAGAGAGAGUGAUGAAUUUCAUAUCACACCAUCUUUUUUUGUACCCUGAAAGGCAAUAUUUGUCGUAAAGGCAUGUUUACAGUGAUACCUAUCAUUCAAAUCUGUUUACAGUGGAAGUGUAUUUUUAAAUUGUGAUAAUCCAGUGAUGAUUUUCUGACUUGCCUGAGAUGCAUGUUUUUAAUCUAUAAUGCUAGUUGCAAAAAUUAACUCUAGCCUUUGCAAUUAAAGCAUUGACUUGGGAAGGGGGAAUUAAUGAUUUCUAGGGUUCAGUCGUAGAGAAUACACGGGAUGAAAGACCUAUCAUCUCAAUAAGGCAGCAUCAGUUAGUAACACUGAGGGAUUCAACCAACGUUUCCUGGGAUUGGACCUUCUCCCGAUCCCUUCCUUCACACCUCAGCCGCGACUGAAACGGUUGAAAGUGCUUUCUUUUUCGAGAUCAGUCCAAGGUCUCAGGAGGGAAAUGGGAACUGGUUUCCAGUUUUUUAAAGGAGGGCUCUCUUGUAAUCCCCGCGAGACCUCACUUUUACUUGGAGAGCAAUGAUUUUCAACGCAGUUUGUACGUUUGCAAAUUGUAGAUCUUCCAAAUGAGCUUCCUCUGAUGGUUCUGACAUCAGUUUGACAUGCCUCUCCCCCACCCCAAAGAAACAGGGCUGAGUAUCCCCUCUUCCCCUCUCCAGGGGAUGUCCAGUCUAGAGCAAAGUUUCAGUCUCCUCACAGUUUGUUCCUGCUGUGGGCCCUGAUGUAUUGGGAAUCAAGUGUUACCAAUUUAAAUUGGUGUCAGUUCAGUGUUUUUGGAGAACAGGCAAGGAACUAAGACCCGGUUUAACUAGGACGCAGCAUCCAAAAGCAACUAGGCUUCAGCAGCUCUGGCAAAUUGGCCUCUUUCAGUGAAUCGGAGUUUCUAUUCCACUCCAGAACACACCCAUCCCCACAUGGCCAAUGGAUUUCCCUACUAACUCUCACCCUCACCCUCUCCCUCACCCCGUUGGUUGCUCAAAGUCAGAGGACAAGAGGAAGACACACCAACUCUUUGACUCUGUUUCCCAGGGCCCUACUGCCUUUUGGUAAAUUGCCACAUGUGCCAAGGUACAGUGGAUAACUUUGUUUUGCAUGUCAUCUGUACAGAUCAUUCCGUUGCAUCAGUGCAUUCAGGUAAAACAGUUACAGAACGCAGAGUAAAGUGCUACAGGUACAGAGAGAGUGCAGUACAGGCAGACAAUACCAGUAUCUCUUCUGAGGGUUCCUGUUGUAUCUGCUCCCAAUAUCUUUUCUGGUAUGUACAAUUGUUCUUCCCCACUCCCCUAGGGAGAGGGCCCAAGUUCUGUAGCCCUUAGCAACCAGACCCUUGACCAUUAGCAACCAUCCAUGGCUCUUAGCAACCAGUCUCAUGGCCUUCACCAACCAGUCACACAAUCCUUAGAACCAUCUCAUGAUCAGUCUCAUAUUCCUUAGCAACCAGACCCUUGACCAACUGCAACCAUCCCAAGGCCCUUAGCAACUUGUCCCUUGACCCUUAGCUACAAUCCCAUGCCCUUAGCAGUUAGUUACUAACCAACAUCUUGACCUUUAGCAUCCAUUCCAUAGCCACAGGUAACCAGUCCCCUGACCAUUAUCAACCACUAAAUGAUCCGAAGCAAUCAAUCUCGUAUCCCUUAGCAACCAGACCCUUGACCAAUAGCAAACAUCCCAUGACCCUUAGCAACCAGUUCCUAAACCCUUAGCUACAAUCCCAAAGUGCUAAAUAAACAAUCCUGUUGAAACCAGUCUGUCCCACAACCCCAAACAGUCAACUUCUUGUCCUGCACACUGCCUGGGGAUAACACCCCCCACCCCCGGGCGAUCAACGAAUGUAACUGUAAAGAUUCAAAGUCUUCUUGUUCCCUUCUUCUGUUGAGCUGUGAGGCCAUUUUGCUCUUAAGCCUGUGGUAGAGGAACACGAAGAGGCCAUUUUGUUACACGAGAGCCUAGCCUCCCAUUCAGUCAGGAAUGCCGUGCUUUGGUGAGGGAGGGGUACAGAUGGGUUAUUUGCUGUUCUUUUUUUUAACCACUUUAGGAGAAACAUUCCCACCUCAUCAUCUUUUGCUUGCUUCUGCCCAGGAAAAAGACAGCUCACGCACUAUUUUUUAGCGCUUGUGUUAGCUCAGCAAGCCUAUGCAUUGGGCUCCGUGCACUGCAGACAGCUGCUUUUGUACCUCUGUAUUGUAUCGUAAAUCAAAUCAAUGCCUCAACAUUUUCGUAAGUGACUUCAAUGUAAACUCUUGUGACACUGAAGAAAUUAAUUGCACAAAGCUUGCAUCUUUGAAAUAUGGUACGACUCAAACGUAAGGUGAUUGUGGAUACGUUGAUUGGUGUCUCGCGAAUAAAGAGGUUUUAUCACUUUGUCUUGAA